AAAAGCUGCUGGAUUGGAACUGAGAUCUGCAAUAAAGCAUUAAGCCAUCCAACAAAACAAAUUGCCAAAAAUGCUGGUGUUAAUGGGAGUGUUGUUGUAGAGAAGGUCUUAUCCAAUGAUGAUACAAGAUAUGGGUACAACGCUGCAAGAAACUCUUAUGAGGAUUUGAUGAAAGCUGGAAUUAUAGAUCCAACAAAGGUAAUUAGAUGUUGUUUGGAGCAUGCAGCAUCUGUGGCCAAGAUUUUUCUGACAUCUGAUGCUGUUGUAGUAGACAUAGUAGGCAGUAAGGAUAUCAAGUUCAAGCCCUGCCAAAGGGAAAGCAAAUGCCAAACUUAACUAACUCAGUCUUUCCUAAACAAUUACUGCCCACGUAUCGGUAAAUGAUGCACAAACAGAUGAUUCUCCAACCUGCUUUGCUAUACAGAUAACUUCUUUCAUUCAAAUUAAAGAAGCUUCAGUUCAAAGCAGUAUUGGAUCAUUCAGAUCCAGCGGGACAAAGACAAUGCAUCUAGGAGCCAUAAGCAGAGCGGUUCAGUUGAAAGCCUUUUAAACCGGUAACGUUAAUCAAUGCCAACUUCCAUCAAUCUGGUUACAAUUCAGUUCCCUUCUCUUCUAGAAGCAGCCAGCUUCCAUUAAAGAAAUAUGGAAUUCCUUUGCUGAUUUGCUUUUGCAAAGAAGGCUUUUUUGAAGUGGUAAUGCUGCAAACUUAAGGGGUUGCCUGGUGUACUAGUUAUUAGCUCAAGGAUGAUGCUUUCCCAUGUAUUUAAAGAGGCUGAGGCCACAAAGGAACUAGAUGAAAAUGUUGUCUUGUAAAAAUGACAGAACAUGUGUACUAAUACUAUUCUGGACAGAAUUAAAACAUAUGAUGCAUUUGCAAAACCAGUACUUUCUCAAUCUAGCACAUCUAUUCUUUUAAACUGAACAAUGGUGCAUCCAUUUCAAUCCUUCUAAGGAACUUUAUUUCUUCACGAGGAUAAUUGGUUGUGAUGUAUUUCUUCAUGGACAAGAUAUUGGUGUUGAUAAAAGCUAUGAUGCG